UCGACUGCAGGUUUGCAGAUGGAAGGCGGACAGUGUGACUCGCUCUAGCUUUCUUUUUUUUCCUAUUCAGCAUGCAUGGCUUUUGUUUGUAGGAGAAGGGACAGAGCCGAUGCAGAGAACAGCUCUUACCUUCCACACUGUACUUGGGAGCCCUUUGUAAGUGCCCGAGCAGAUAGUGUGGCGCUCAGUGUGCGCUCUGCAGCUGCACAGACUUGUGUUCAGUCACUACACGGCUGAAUUGAUUUUAUAACACUGAAGGAAGAGACUGAGAGACUGAUAACAGGCAUGCUGUAACGCCUACAGAACCUGGAAAUUAAACUUUUUCCAAAAACACAGUCUUUUUUAAGGCUGCACUGGACUGAACAGAUCUUUUACGCACAUCUCAGGAGUGAACUAUUUUUUGCGCUUUUUUUUUUUUUUUUUUUUUUUUUAAACACAGAUCAAAACUGUGAAGAGUGGUAGAAAAUAGCUGAGCUUGCUUUUAAAGUGAACCGGACGGAUAAGGAGAGAGAGGGAGAGAGACAGAGCAAAUACACCGCUCUCCCCUCUGCGCGUAUCUGACUGGACAGCAUGGUGCAGAAAAUGAGCCACACGGAGAGCACCGCCGAGGCGCUGUCCUUCUUCGGCGGGGAUUCGAGCUCCGACUCCGGGGCGUGCAUGGAUCUUGACCCGGCCGCAUCGCCUCUUUCCCCGAGCUCCUCCACAGCUUCUUCCACCACCGGGGACAAACUGGGAGACAACCCGGCGUGGUGUAAAACUCCAAGCGGGCACAUCAAGAGACCCAUGAACGCGUUUAUGGUGUGGUCACAGAUAGAGAGGAGGAAGAUCAUGGAGCAGUCUCCGGACAUGCAUAACGCGGAGAUCUCCAAGAGGCUGGGGAAGAGGUGGAAGCUGCUCAGAGAUAGCGACAAGAUCCCCUUCAUCCGAGAGGCGGAGCGGCUCAGACUGAAGCACAUGGCGGACUAUCCCGACUACAAGUACCGGCCGAGGAAGAAAGUAAAAUCGAGCGCAUCCAAGCCCGGCAGCAACGCAGACAAGGGGGAGAAAGUCAACAGUAGCUCCAACAACACCAGCACUAAGACAUCUUCAUCGCGGAAGAAUGGUUCCAAAUCACCCAGCAGCAGCAAACCCCACAAAUCACUUUUCGGCAGCAGCAGCAGCAGUAGCACCAAAGCUUCACCUUUUGCCUCUGAUCAUGCGUCAGAGCCCCAUCACCAUCACCACCAUCACCACCACCACCAUAACUCCCUCUACAAGUCCAAAUCCUUCACCUCCACAGCCAAGCAGAUCCCCGAUGGGAAGAAGCCCAAACGGGUCUAUGUGUUCGGGAGCAGCGCGGCCAAUUUGAGCGUCAGCCCCGCGUCCUCCGUGGUGGUCCCGGCCAGUCCGACCCUCAGCAGCUCGGCGGACUCCAGCGACCCGCUCAGCCUGUACGAGGACGCGGCCAGCUGCAGGGACGAGGGCGCAGAGUCCCCCAGCGGCAGCAGCGGCAGCAGCUUAGCCGGCUCCUCGGAGCGGCACGGCGGCCACACAUACAGCAGUCGGCGGGCUUCCUCACCCACACCCUCCGGCUCCCACUCCUCCGCAUCCUCUUCCUCAGAGGAUGAAGAGUUUGAGGACGACUUACUCGAUAUUAACCCCAGUCCCAGCUUUGACGGUAUGUCUUUGGGGAGCUUUGGAUCAUCGGUGCUGGACAGGGAUUUGGAUUUGAACUUUGAAUCCGGCUCCGGAGGAUCCCACUUCGAGUUCCCCGACUACUGCACGCCUGAAGUCAGCGAGAUGAUCUCCGGGGACUGGCUGGAGUCCACGAUCUCCAACCUGGUGUUCACAUACUGAGUGAUCAAAGCAGAGUAAAAAAGAACAACAGGUAAUAAAUAAAAAUAUGCCCACAAACAGAAGCAGGGGUUUGUGGAACAGUGGGUGUUACCAGACUAGAGUCUAAACCCACUCCAACUAACCCCCCGUCCCCUUCUUGCCUUUUACAAAAGCAAGAGCUGCAAAUCCUUUGGAAAGCUAAAACUUUAAAGCGAAUAAUUUGCUUUUUUUUUCUACUUUUCUUCGGAUGCGUGGAACUGUGGGACUUGGUACACACAAAAGUAGUGGGAGCGCAAAAAAAACAAGAGAAGGAGAGAAAAAGAUGAGGCUGUGAACCCCUCAGUCCUCUUCUGUUGUGAACUGAACGACUUAAACUGUGAUUUAUUUGCACGAUCUGCGGUCCGCCGUUCACUUAAUCAAUGUUGCUGACUAUUAAAAAAAAAAAAAAAAAAAAAGAAAAAAAAAAGGGACAUUUCACAAGUUUUUAUCAAUCGCCAAGUGAACUUCACCACUGAUAAAGGUACAGAAAUAGGACUGUCGUGCGACAUUUUUAUUGUUGUGUGUCAACCGAGAGGGAUUUUUUAAAAUGAAACCGAGGUGGGUUGAUGUUUUUGUUUUUGUUUAAGUCGAAUAUUUUUCUCAAAAGCAAAAAACAUGUUAAGCAUGAUAGCCUACUUUGUUCCUAUCUUGUGCUGAGAUUUUCUGUGAGACUGUCGAACAGUUUAAAACUAGUAUUAGGGUUAUUUAAAUGGAUAGGUGGCGCUCGCUUCGGUUCUUCUCUUUAAAAAAAAAAAAAAGAAAAGAAAAAAAAAAAAAAAAAAAAAAAGGACAUUGAAAUAAUCACCAGCUGUUGUAAUUUUUCAACUUCAGGACUCAAACGCAACUUCAAAUCUGUGCUGAACUUUAUACACGUGUUCUCUACGAUUCAGGACCAAAUUCUUUAUUGUUAAUUUCAGAUGAUAGCUAUAGAGAAAUCCUCAACGUUGUUUUUUUUUUUUUUUUUCAUCCUCUGAGCUUUGUUUUGUACAUGUAUUCAGAUGCCAUUUUAUAUGGGAUGUUGUAUUUAUAUACUGGGCCAAGCAUUUUUGACUUGAUCAUUUUUUUUAUUUCUUGUAUAGCUUACAUGACCUAGUCCUGUUCUUUUUUCUUACACGGUUGUUUGUCAGUAUGUCUGUCUCUGUCACAUUUCCUUCUCAGGCGAAGGGCUAGAGUUUUAAAAACACACAACUUUUAGUUCUUUUUAUAUCUAAAUGUACACACUUUUUUGGACACUUAAAAGAGAAGAAACAGUUUGAUUAUUUUCUCAGUGUAUUUUUGUACAAAUCUAUAUAGAAAAUGGGGGAGUCAACAAUCGGCGUGUGUAGCCUACUAAUACAGUUGUAUUGGAUUUCCUAAUUUUUAAGACCCGGGCAGGCUGGUUUUAAUGCUGCCUUCAAGUGCUUAUGGCCAGCUUGUACUUAUGAGCAUCGUUCAACAAAGCAGACUUUAUAACCAUGUGGUGUCUUGUUUUUACAAAUGUAUGGCACCACACUACAUUUACUCUACUGACAGGGCAUAAAAUCGAAUCUGAAUCUACCAGCAAACACUGAUAACACUUUGAUGUCUAAACCUGAACUUUUUUCAGUUCACGCAACAAAUAUAUCCCACCACUCGGAUUUUUACAGCAGCACUUGAAAGCAGCACCAGUCUUUGUAUCAGCCUACCUUCUACGUUUACAGUGCCAGUCUACAGGCUUCUUAAAGACACAGGAACACAUUAUUUCGAGAGGCUUUUUUUUUUGUUUUUUUCCUGUGGACCAUGUGGUUUUAACAGCGUCACUAUCCCAAGCAGCCACUCCUUUUUGCAUUUCCUGUCUCAUAUCUUGCCUAUGACAACAAAUGAGGAGAUUGUAGCUUUAAAUUUGACUUGUUUGUUGGUGUUUUCAUUAAUUGAUGUCAAAUUUGCCAAUCAACCACAGGACUGAACAGGUUCUCAACAGACCUAGAACAAGCAACAACAAGGAUGAUAACAUCAAGCAUAUUCAAAUUUCUGACUUGAGUUCCGCAACAUCUACUUGUACUGCGUUUCUCAUUGUAUUUGAAUAUAUAAUCUUUUCUACUUGUCGGCUAACUAUUAGCUAAUAAUUGUUUUAGUAUCUUUAUGGCAUGGUGAAUAGCAUUUGUAUUUCAGAUUCAGGUUAUUAGCUGUUGUGUUUUUCAGAAAAAAAUGAAAAAACGAGGAAAAAUGAUGAAACGUGAACUCGAUCUUUGUAUAUUUGACUGUAUCAUAAAGCAAAAAGAUUGUGUGUUUAUGUACGUUGUUGCUAUCAAGGACAGGCACUGUCUAGAACUGCUAUCUUUUACACAUCCUUACUUACAUUUAAGGUGGUCAGUUCAGGACUCUUUUUUUAUAUAUAUAUGAAAGCAUUUUUAAAUAUAUUAACUUUAUUUUUCAUCCAUCCUGUGCAAUAUGCUGUGUAGAAUUAUCAUUUAUUGUCUAAUCAUUGCCAUAAACAAAGGAACCUUCCAUCUUUGAGACUCAAAGAACGGGAGGGGAAACUCAUGCCAGCUAAAUUGUGUCCAUUCACUGCCUGUCAGAUUGUUGAUAUAAACUUGUGUACAGAACUUUUUUCAAAGAAGGAAAUAAAUAUCAGCUGGAACUGAAA